GAAGAAGCAUGGUCAAAGACGACAAAGAUUGUACAACAGUACAGCGACGAGAUGAUCAAGCGGUGGAACGCAGAGAUCGAUACAUACCUCGUCUUCGCCGGUCUUUUCUCCGCCGUGUUGACUGCCUUCAACGUGCAAUCCUACAUCCUCCUUCAGCCGGAAACUCCGGACCCCACCCUUUUCGCUCUUCAGCAGAUAUCCCUGCAGCUUAGUAGCUUUUCUUCUGGCUCUCCCCCGACGUUCGUCAACUCUACCCAUCCAGCAUUUCAGCAAGGCAACACGCCUCCGCCGCCCAUUCCUCGAUGGGCAGUCUGGUUGAACACCCUGUGGUUCUCCUCCCUCAUCCUCAGUCUCUCGUCUGCCUCGAUUGGUAUCAUGGUUAAGCAAUGGUUGAACGAAUAUGCGAGCGGUAUCUCCUCCGAGUCGGAGGCGGGCACCUCUCGCCAAACUGCUCGUCUUCGCCAACACCGCCUCAACAACCUGAUCAAAUGGCAUGUCGGAGACAUCGUCAACACGAUCCCU